UACAGUGCAACUGACAACAGUAAUUCCCAGAAGCCGGGGAGGGAGGUUGCAGAAAGGGACUUAGGCUCUUCAGCAACUCAGACAGGUGCUUCCAACCUGUUCCUUUGGCCAGGCAACCGAAAUCAUCAGCUGGGAGUUCCCCCCCCCUCUCUGUUUUCCAAAUCUAUUUCUGUGCAACAUUUUUGAUCUGGAUUCUUUUUCCAUAAAAAACCCAAAGAUAUACCACACGUUCUUACCAUCAGAGAUGCCUUGUCUUCAGGCACAGUAUGGGACCUUGCCACAAAGUGGAGGACCAUAUGAGGACUACAGUUCUGACUUUUUGACUCCUGAGUUUGUCAAGCUUGGAAUGGACCUCAGCACCACGGAAAUUGCUGCCACAACCUCUCUUCCCAGCUUCAACACGUUCAUCGACAGCAACAACGGAGAUUUUGAUGCAUACUUGUACCAACUGAUGCUUACCAACCAGCAGUCUCCAUUUAAAGUGGAGGACGUUCAGAUGUUUGGCUGUUACCCAGCCUCCAUCAACAUGCAUUUGGAAGAGGUGCUACCUCAGUGUGGAUCUUCUCAAUAUUACAAUGGAUCUUGCUCCAUACCCUCACCAUCAACCCCCGCUUUUCAAACGCAGCAAGUGUCCAUAUGGGAUGAUUCUUUUCCUCAUCACUCACUGCAAUAUGGUGAGGUGGAUCAUUUGUUAGAUCAACAAAAAAAUGUGUCCCAACUUUCGUUCUUUUCCUUUAAGCAGGUACCUUCAGAGUCACCUGUGUCACAUUGCCACAUGAGGCUCGAUGCAAGUUCCCAUGGAGCUAACCCUGUCCUCCAGCUUGUUGACACCAUGUCUUAUGAUGCCACCAGCCAAGCCUCCAUGAAUUUUCCUGCUCUCCCCAUGGACCGUGGACCACGUCUCUUGGACAGUCCCAUUGUUAUGGACAAUCCCAUCCCCUCUCCACCGGUUCGUAACCCCCCUUCUAAUGAGGGCCAGUGCGCUGUGUGUGGAGAUAAUGCUUCCUGCCAACACUAUGGUGUACGGACCUGUGAAGGAUGUAAAGGUUUCUUCAAGCGCACAGUACAGAAAAACGCCAAGUACGUCUGUCUAGCAAACAAAGACUGCCCUGUGGAUAAACGGCGACGGAACCGAUGCCAGUUUUGCCGCUUUCAGAAAUGCCUUGCUGUAGGCAUGGUCAAAGAAGUGGUCCGCACAGACAGCCUGAAAGGUCGUAGAGGUCGACUUCCAUCCAAACCAAAGAGUGUUCAAGAAGCCACGCCUUCAAAUGUUCCAGUUAGUCUCAUCACAGCGCUGGUCAGGGCACAUAUUGAUUCCAACCCAAUCAUGUCCAAUCUAGAUUAUUCCAAGUUCCAGGAAUCUAGCGUUUAUCAGCCACAGGAAGACGAGGCCGGAGACAUCCGACAGUUUUAUGAGUUGUUGGCUGGUUCAAUGGAAAUGAUACGCAAGUGGGCGGAGAAGAUCCCGGGUUUUAGUGGUUUGCCCAAGGAAGAUCAGGACCUACUGCUGGAAUCUGCUUUCCUUGAGCUCUUCAUCCUCCGGUUAGCCUACAGGUCCAGCCCUGAUGAAGGCAAGCUGAUCUUCUGCAGUGGCAUCGUCCUCCACCGUCAGCAGUGUGUGCGUGGUUUUGGUGAAUGGAUCGACUCCAUCAUCGACUUCUCCGGCACCCUGCAGCGGAUGAAGAUCGAUGUGUCCAGCUUCGCCUGCCUUGCGGCGUUGGUUGUCAUAACAGACCGGCAUGGCUUGAAAGAACCCAAGAAGGUCGAAGAUCUGCAGACCAAGAUAAUAACGUGUCUGAAAGACCAUGUCACAUCCAGUGCGGGUGAGCAAAUGCGGCCAAACUACUUAUCCAAACUUCUGGGCAAGCUGCCGGAACUAUGUACACUCUGCACACAAGGACUGCAACGCAUUUUCUACCUGAAACUCGCUGACCUGGUUCCUCCACCUGCCAUUGUCGAUAAGCUAUUCUUGGACACGUUGCCUUUCUAGAGAAGCUGCUGAGCUAUGUGACUGUUGAACUGGACCCCAGCAAUCAUCUUUGAUGAUGCAGUAUGAGCAGGGAGUUCAACUUACACUGGAACCGGUUCAAAAAUCAGAUGGCUUCAGGAAUUGGACAAACAUGCUAUGCGCUAAUUGGGUUUGCUGUUUUUCAAAAAAUACUGUUUGUAUUUUAUUCAGCAUUACAGGUUAUUGGAGAAAAAAUUGUCCCUUUGCUACAUUGCAGCUUCUACAAAACAAUCUAGCCAUAUCGCUUUGACAGACUUGAGAGAUCAGAUGUUCUCAGAGAAGAUAACAGCACUGGUUAGAGACAUUCUCUCCCUCUGCCUCAUAUUGUCAUGGCCCUAAAUCCUAAACUUAAGAACAAAUGCAAUGGGAUGCCUUUUCUGUGCUGUAGACUCUUAAUUAUAGCCAUCUAUCACAGCUAAAGAAUCACAAAUCAAGGAACAUGAUCAGGGCCAAAUGGGAAAAAUCAAGACUGAACCUAUUUCGGUCAUCAGCUAUCUAAGAAAAUGGAUAUGUGCUUUAUCUGUCUCGCUGGAUUUGUAAUCAUGUGCCAGACGUCGGAAUACCAUGUCCAACCUUGUCAUCUUUGAAAAGACUAAAGCUAUCUGAGAUGGAUUUUGAAAGAACAUUUGGUAACAAUGUGAUACUUCAAUCUUCAAAAGGUUUUUUCAAGGCCAGUCCCAGACAGUCAGGACUGAGAAGCCUGAAAUGUGACAGACUAAACCUUGAACAAUGUCACUAUGCAUUCUGCAUGAAUAUUUUACGCUAUGGUUUAGCAAAAAUAAAAUGUAAGGCAAUACUGAAGAUGCAGACAGCCCUGACUGGAAGCUGUUAGUUAUGAAGACUGCGCUAACAUAACAUGACACAAAUUAAUGGGACGAGCUUGGAUGUUUUAAAAAGGUUAUUUGUCUUGCUAAGGUAUGUUUUCUUCUCUAACAGCACUGUGGGUGACCCUGCAACCCAUGGACUGCAGCAGUUCAAGAAGGCAGCUCGUCACCACCUUCUCAAGGGCAGUUAGGGAUGGUUAGUAAAUGAUGGGCCCAGCCAGUGAUGCUGACGUCCUGUGAAUGAAUGAAUAAAGACAAAUGUCCUGGAUAUAAGAGUGGAUCAAUUUGAGUUUGUCGUACCCCCUUAUGAGAAAGUUUUGAGAAUUGUGUAUGAGAGAGCAAAGUCUAUUGGUCGAGUGGAAACGUUAUGGGUUGAGUUGGAAGGGAGAUUCAGGCAGGUGGGACAGGCAGAGUUGGUGGCAAUGGCAGUGGAGAUGGGGAGUGUCGUCUGUGAUUCCUUUCAUUCAUUUUACUAUUAGUUGGCUCCUUAGCUACAGCUGCAAAUCGUAUUGAUCACAUCUGCCAGGGGGUUCUUUGGUUCCUUAUGUGGACUGUGAACAUUUUCACGUGGUUAUUCCUGGCUUCAGUUUAUGGCCACCCACAUGACAAAAGGUUCAAAUCAAUCAUUCUGUUGACUGGUUGACCUUGUGAGGGAGCAAGGGUGAAAGAAAUAUAUUGUACUGUCAUGGCUAGGAAUAAUUAUCUGAUUUUAUCCUAUAUCGAGAGCAUUAUGACUGGGAAUAGCAUGCUUUCAACUGAAAGGGCGAGCACUGAAUAAAUUGUAGUACUUAACAUGUCUGAUGCCAGAAUGGAAAUAUGUAUAUUUUAUAUCGGUUAUAAAAACCCCACAGAUUUAUGGACAGUGCCUUACCGGGCUUCAUGUACAGAAGGUGUUUGAUUCUGAUGUUUUCAGGAAAUUGUGCAAUGAAUUAAACCACGUGUAGUCAGAGUGUUGGACCCUCAUCUGUACACUUUUGAAGUUUGCUUCUGCUUCUGAAUUCGGACCUUUACAAUGGGGCAGCUCAAGCAUAAAGUCAUAGCCGCAAUUGCAACCUUCAACCAGGCUCCUAACGCGGACCGUAUUUGCGAGCGACUGCAGGGAUCGGGGUUCAGAAUGGGAGGAUGCACCCAUCCAUCACAACGGCGAGGCUUUGGAAAUCCUGGAGAAACGGCGUGCCCAGUGUCAUGAAAGCAAAAUACUCUAGGUGCUGGAAGUCUGAAAGAAAAGCAGAAAAUGCUGCAGCUUUCGAUUGUGUCUAGAGUGUGAAGUAUCAUCGAGUCAUACAGCACGGAAACGGGCUCUUCGGCCCAACUCGUCUAACACCGUCCGAUCUCAUCCAGGUCCUGAACCCGAAACGAUAACUUUCCACUGCGGAGGAUUUCUUGGUUUUUCAGAACCACUGAUCCCACUAUGGCGGGUCGAUGGUUCAGCUGGUCCCUAUUAAGGCCCACCUGCCUAUGAAUUAGACUUUGUAAUCUCGGAGAAAAUGUAAGAUGUUGUUGCAAAAUGCAUAAACUUUUCUAUUGUUAAUAUAUAUUUUUAAACCGAUUUUUUCCAAUGUUAGGGUAUGACGUCAAGACGUUUAACUCGAUGUUUUAAGAAACUGUCCUCUCCGAAAGUAGUUUCUCCUAUUGACAUAUCUGUUCUGUGCACAUAUUGUGCAUGGGGGGCGGGGGUGGUCACUUGUGGAGUUAGUGCUCAUAAAAACUUCUGUCUGUUUCAGCCCUGCUCCGAACCUGGUGUAGCGCGCAUUCACAAACAGUCACCGCAUUAAGUCUCAGAGAUAAUGGGAA